AUGUCGUGUGAACCUAAAACACUGCCAGCAGAUCGAAUUGAGGAUUGUGCUGUUUUUCAAGUUGUGGGAAUUGAUUUGGCAGGUCCGCUGUUUUUAAAAUUUGGUCUAAAAGUUUGGAUUGUGUUGUUCACGUGUGCCGUCUAUAGAGCGAUUCAUCUUGAGCUUGUAAGUUCGCUAUCGACGGAAACAUUUUUAUUGGCUUUAAGAAGAUUUAUAAGUAGGAGGGGAAGGCCAAGAACAAUUUAUUCUGAUAACGGGACUAAUUUUAGAGGAGCUUUCAACGAAUUUUCAAAUUUAGAUUGGGAGAAAAUUCAAAGGGAAAGUAACACGUUGAGAAUAUUUUGGAAGUUUAUUCCACCCACAGCUGCUUGGUGGGGAGGAUGGUGGGAAAGAUUCGUUAGGCUAGUCAAGGAAUUGUUGAGAUGUACUCUGGAAAAUUCAGUUUUAUCUUAUGAAGAGUUAGAAACUGUUUUAUGCGAGUGCGAAGCAGUAAUAAAUUCACGGCCUUUAACUUACGCUGGGGAAAAUUCUCAAGAUUUAAUUCCAUUGACUCCAUCUAUGUUCUUGACUGAGAAUCGUAGUUCUGAUGUUAGAGAUUUGGAUGAAAUAGACAGCAAACAUUUAGUAAAACGAAUCAGAUACCGGGCUAAACUUUUAGGGGAUUUAAAGGGACGAUUUCGAAGAGAAUAUCUCAGUCAGUUAGUUCAAAAAAGUAAACAGAAUGAAAGCAGUAAAAAAACUCGAAUUAAAUGA